UACGUUGCGCAUAGGCUUAUCCAGGAUUACUUUCUGGAGAGAUUAAAGGUCGUUAGAGGAGUUAUCGUGAAGGUCGUCUUUAGAAUGCCGGGUGUCGGUGAUGAACUGUUUGCGAUAUACGGUACAGAGUUUGAAGAACUGGAAGAUGAUGAGAAAGUCUCAAGAAAGCCAACCGGUAUACAAGAUGAGAUUGUAACUGAUGAAAAUGGAAGACGCAGGUUUCACGGGGCUUUCACUGGCGGUUUCUCAGCGGGAUACUACAAUACGGUUGGCACUAAGGAAGGAUGGGCUCCUCAGGCAUACGUUUCUUCACGAGAUCAGCGAGCGGCUAAGUUUCAACAGAGGGCCGAAGAUCUUAUGGAUGAUGAGGAUCUGGGAGAAUUUGGUAUAGGCGCGCGACGAAUUCGUACCGCUGAAGAUUUUGGUUCUGGUCGAUCGGCAGAAAAACGAAUGGCAUGGGAGCACGACGUGACGAGCAGUUCCAACACAACAAUGGCCAUGCAACUGGAAAAUAUCAUAAGACCAGUGAGGGAUUCGGUUGGGAAACGGAUGCUUCGAUCAAUGGGCUGGCGAGAGGGACGAGGUGUGGGCUUGACUACGGCGAAAUCGAAAAGGAAAUUUGACGACGUGGACACGGAGCAGAUGAACGCAAAAGCCCCAGGUUUCGAUCCGGCGGCAGAAGACGUGCUCAUGACCCGGUUGCGCUCGGUGGAAGGUGUCCAUGGACUUGGCUACGAGUCAAUGAGUGCGUCAUCAGUGCUUGACGAGCGUUAUGGCCGCAUUGCAACGGCGUUCAAGACCAAUGCGAAAAGUCGCGGUAUAAGAGGACAGGCGUUCGGAGUUGGAGCGUUUGAAGAAGACGACGAGAAUAUCUACUCGAACUAUGAUCUGAAUCAAUUCGAUUUCGCUUUGGAUGCACCUGGGACGUCAGAGGAAGGUGGAACUGCUCCUGACACCACAUUCGUCAUGUCCAACAAGCGAUUGAAUCCUCGCAAGUUUUAUGCGCCUCCUAAACUACCGCCGAAUUUCCGCCCGACACACCGUGCAAAGGCAUUAGAGCCAGCAAAGCUGCCGCCGGUUUUGCAAGAUGCCAUGAAAACGCUGACAAAUAUUCAGAGAGCGAAGUGA